GAAUAUUUCUGGCGCGACCAUUACAACUGGCUAAAGAGCUGUGGAUAUUGUCUACGUGCUCGAUAUCAUCCGGACUGGAUUCCAUCAUGGAUAAUCAGGGAUGACUUGGUCGAUUACGAACAAGAAGAUUUCUGGAUUGAUGGGGCUGAUGCUUGUAAUAUGGACGCCGUUCGCAUGGAGGACGGUAUCGCCGUGAAGUUGAAACUUAUUCACCUUCGCGAAUACAUCGAAGAAGAAAAACUUUUGUACAAACUCGACGAAGAUGCGCUCGCCACCGACCCUCAGAACCACUGUAUGCCGACGUUCGAGAUUCUCAAUGUCCCUGGUGAGGAGGAAGAUCUGCGGAUUGUCAUCACGCCACUGCUGCGUGAUUGGGACGAUCCUCGUUUUGACACUGUGGGCGAAGUCGUCUCCGUGAUCCAGCAAAUCUUUGAGGGCAUGAACUUUAUGCAUACUCACGGAAUAGCAUAUUGCAGCACCGUAAGGAACAAUAUCAAGCUAGAUCCUUGGGACAUGUAUCCCGACGGAUUUCAUCCUUCCAACCAUACAGUGCCGAGUGACUGGGAUAUCUAUGGAGUCGCCAAGCAUUACACGCGCACCCAAUGCUCACCUAGAUACUACCUCGAGAUAUCUCCUACGUCGCUAAUCUACUCCACCCGACACGGUGCGACCGCUGCUUCGAUUGAUGGUGUCGACGGCGCCGUUUUUGAGGUCCAACAGGAUGGAUGUAGCACGUACUUUCCAUUUGCCGAGGACUGCCUCCAUGUGGGGUCGCUUCAUUGCGCACAUAUGACUGAACGUCAACACGGUUUCCAGGUGUUCAAGGACUUCGACUUUCUCCGCCCACUGGCGGAAGAAAUGACACUCAACAGUCAUGUUCACCGUCCACAAAUGGAGGACGCGAUUCACCGCCUUGAUGCGUUGAUCAAAGGCAUGAGCUCCUCGCAGCUUCGUUCGCCCGCGGUCUACAAGAGCGACCAUUCGCUUGUGAGGGUCUAUCGCGCUAUCGGAUAUUGGAAACGUCGGCUUUUCUUUACGGCAACAUCCACUCCGCCAAUCCCG